UUGGAAGAAUACUGGUUUGCUUUUGACUGGUUAUCUACACUCUGUUCAGGAUGUAUAGGAAGGGGCUCUUGCUGGUAGAACCAGCCUAUGCCAGCUUUCAGAUUGGGUUUGAAAAAUGCUCAUGAGGGCAGAGGAGCCAAAAGCAGCAAGGGUAUGUCAAACUGAGUAGUUAAGAGUUAGCGACAGCUGUCUGCUAGAGUCACCUUGUUCUUGCAAAUGCUCUUUUUGGAUACUGUCUGUAAAGAGAGCGUGAGUGGAAAAUGUGGCUUUUUGGUGCAUAAAUAUUUGAGAGUAGUUAUUCCAGGAAUAUUGCAUAUUACAUCUCUUUGAGCCCUAUAUAUGUUAUGGAUGUGGAGAAGUGCAGUAAAUCCCAUUCAGGUGAUGAGUUGGCCGUAUCGUGUGGUCUUUCAGAUGAUAUGUGGAAUAGACAGAAGGACUGAGUACAAGGAUUCAGUAAAACUCAAAUGGAAGAUAUUUUGAAUUCUCCCUGUGUAUGAUUUUUAAGUUCUUAACCAUCUUUGUAGUUAGUUUCUUGUACUAUUUGGUAUAAAUUUGCCUUUCUACAAAUGAACUUGAUUCCUCCUUCAGUCUGCCUUAGGUGAUGCAGCAGAUCGUUCACUGUCAUUUUGAUAAUGCCUAAUGCCUGUGAAGUGAGGUACGCUCCUGCCUCUUGUCCUACUUUUCUAGUCUCCUUUUGUCAAAAAAAACCUCAAUUUUUAAAUUUCUCUUGAAAGCUUCUUUUAGUAAGCAUUUACUGUUCUUUAAGUAAGCCUUGAAAUAUUUAUCCAACCAGCAUCUGAGAAUGAUUAUUGAAAGCAACAACAGAACCUUCAACAAUUGCAUUAAAGUGAAGAAGGGAGGAAAAUAUUAUUUUGCCCUCUUAUUUUGAUGGAAAGUGCAUGUGCUGUCACCUCCUUCAUAGAUCAUCAAGUACAAGAAGGUUAACAGCAGGCCAGACUUUUAAAAUUUGGUCUUUGCAGUAUAGAACAAAUGAAUUAUGAAAGCAUGUGGUUAGUUAACUAACAUUAGGUCUCUACUUGUAGCCUUCUUCCAGAAAGGCCAACCAUAAAUUUCUCAGAAAUAACCUUCACUAAAAUACAGGCUUCACUAUUGUCUGUGCUUCUGUGAGGCUAGUCCUCGUUAAGUAAUCCAGAAGUAUUUGUUUGCAUUGUAGGAACAUCCAGUGAUUGCCUGACAGAGUUCAUUAUGUUUACUAUAUUACUGAUAUUAUUUGUGGAAAGUUUUAUUCUAAAAUAAAACUAAAUACGGGAAUUUGUAUUUCAUGGUUAAGAAACUUUGGUUACCCCUUGUUUUAACAUUUAAUACUACAGUAACAAAAAAGGACUUAACUAUUUAAACGUAUUUAUAUCUUUAUAGUCUACACGUUAGUUUUAUGUAGUGUCUUGGAAUACCUCUGUCCUGGGGAUAUAACUAGUGAAUAUUUGCUGCUUUCUCUGAUUUCUGUGAUGUAAACAUGAGACUUCAUCUACCACACACAUUUCUAGGAAAAAAAAAAAAUACAACUUACAAUGUUCAAAGUAAGUAGAAAUAAAUGAGAAGAGCCUCUUUUGUUAUUACUAUAAUUUAUUUAUAACAGUGAUGAAGACCAGAAAAGACAAGAGUGAAGGCCAGGUUUUCUUUUACUUACUUUGACUCCCAAAGCCCAUGAGGUACUGAGAUUGGUAGUUUCAUACUUGGAAACAAUAGCUUGCUUUUCAGGGGGGACAAACGUGAUAGCCUGCGCUGCAGGAAGAAUAAACAACUAUAUGAAUACAGAGACUAGAUAGGAAGUGAGCAUCUUUAGUGGUUUUACUUGACCUAUUUGGCUUGUGCUCACAGUUUUGCAACAAACCUGGAGGUAAGAGAGAAGACGUGGAUGUUAGAGUGAGUUGUGUGGCCUCUAACCCUUUGUACUGCCAAGGGUUGAUGACGGUUUACUGAAUACAGUGUCUAGUUGGGUAUUAUGCAUCAGGACACGUGAUUGAAAACUGUCCAGAGGAAUCAAGUGUGAAUGAUGAGAAAUACGUCAAAUGUGACCUGGAAAGAAAGGCGGACUCCUCCACUGAAUGUUUCUUCCGAGAUGGCAGCAAGGGGGCAAGGAGUGUUAAGUGUCUCAAAACAUGCACAGGAAUGUACUCUGAGGUGGAACAGUUCAUCACUUUUCUCCCCUUUACAGGGAAUGGGGCAAGAAAUAGCAGACUGAAAUUGCAGAGAAUAAAACUGAGAUGAAUGUAGAGUUGGUACCAUUCCGAACAGUAGAGAGAGCAAAAUGCCAUAACAAGCUGUCUGAAUGGGUUUUGGAGACUUGACCAUUGGAGACUGCUAGAAAAAUUCCUGUUGGGAAUAGAACAGGUGUCUGUGAUGCUUUUUUGGAUACUUGAGAGUUGGAGCAUUCCUGGGAGCUGGUUCAGUUGCUGGCCUUUCUGGAAUGGACAGUCUGAGACUACACCAAAUUAGAGGCAAGUAGAUGCAAAGCUAGAAAAUUAUAGAAAGAACCAGGUACAGCUUUUGGUGUCUGACUAGUCAUUUCUUUCUAUAGCACUGUGAGGCAAUCUAGCAUUGCCAGUAGAUGAACUUUUAUCAACAAAAUAGCUGUUUGUGUUUGAUGCUGAUAAGCUAAAAUGGAAUAUUUGUUUAGAAAGAAAAAACUUGACUCACUGUCUGUCCCCCUGCUCCUUUCUAAUAUUGCAAAAUGAUUGAAUGUGGUCUCAAAGUGAAGAAGGGUACUGAUGACCACGAAUCAUCUGAGGUGAAUAAUGCAGUUUACUGUUUCAUUUGCCACAGUAAAAUGAAAAGAUGUUUUUUUUUCCUGUCUUCUGUAGGAAAUUAGAUGACAUCCCCAUAUACACAGUAUAUUGUAGGGAGAUUCCUAAUUUACUGCAGCAAUUGUAGAAAGGAAAACAACAAAAUUCUGCUGGAAAGGCUGAAACUGACUGUAAAGGUCCCUCAGAAGGCUUACUGCCCCUUGCCACUGGUCUUAAGUGAAUAAGCCUCUAAGGUAAAACCAAGAUGGAACUCAUGCUGACACAGGUGUCACUUCAGUAUUUCACACUCUGAAUCCAACUGAGUGACCCCAAAUAAAUGUUUGAAUGUAUUUGUUCCUCACGUUGUUAAAAGACGGCUGUGGCCAAAGAGGUUAGAUUUAUCAUUGUGAUGAUGAGGUAAUAAUAAAUGCUUUUGUGUUCAGGAUGGAUCCAAGCUGUGUGACCAAAAUACAUAGCAUUAGCUUCCCCUCCUGGCCAAAAGAAGGAAAUGAUCUUGGAGGCAAGAUACACAUGAAAUUUUUAUCAUUUUUAUUUCCAUAUGUUAAAGAUAUAAACACUACUUUUUAUACAACAGAAAUAGUGCUUAACUGUCACUGAGGGGGGAAAGACAGUGCUGGUGAGACAUUGUUUAUUGGAACCAUAAUAAAGGAAUGAGAUGGGGUGAGUGUUGGAAAAGAGAGUUCUUUUCUAAAUGUGGACCUAAUAUGGAAACUAUAUCUUAAAAAAAAAAAAAAGCAACGGAUUUUGAACAGAAAUGUUCCCAGUGUCCAUGUUGGAUUCCUAUCAGCUGGUGCUAGAAACAAAUAUUUCCCUGCAUUUUGUAUUCUGUAUGUUGAUGUUUCCAAUGCAGCUGAAUCUGUUACAGAUGUUACUUUUAUUUUGGACUUUACCUUUUUUUUUUUGCUUGCUUCUGGCUUAAAAUUUUAAACAUUUUUCCUCUAUUUUCAUUCUAUGGCACAAUAUGUUUUAGCAUUAGCGUAGGUUCUGUAAAUGCAGAUAUACUGUCAUAAAAGUGUUUAUUUGAUGGCAUAGAGGAACAAGACACAAUACAAGUUGGUGUGAUUCUUUUUAAAAGCCAUUUUUAAGUAAGAUUCCCAGCCUCUUGCAAUGUUGCAUUACUAUUUUGGAUGGGUUGAUCAUAUAAUACUGAAUUUUAGACAAAGAAGAAAGAUUCUUCUUUAUUUGCUAUGGAUGCCUGGAAAAGAGACGUUUGCAAUGCAAAAUUUAGUGAUUUUAAGAAGACCAAAGCUUUGUUUUUGUGGGCAUAUUGGAGAGUAAGCAUACAAGCACAACAUGUAUGCACUUACAUACGAGGAACCAAAACUAUUUGCAAGAUAAAUGAGGGCCUCAUGUUUAAGAUGUCUACAUGGACUGCAGAAAACAGGCUUCCCUGUUUGUACUGAGGGUUUCCCUGAACUGCAGAUAUUUAAAUUUUCGUAUACUUCAGUCUUGAAUACCAAUUAUGAGAUUUAUCAUGGGUCUGGUCGUCUUCAUGUUGACUGUUUUCAUCCUGGAACUGAAAAUGUGUGUCUUGAUGUGUUUUGCUGCAAUUGUUGUGUUCCUAUGGCCGCUUCUACCUACUAUCUCACUUCCACCAAUUGUCCUUUUCACCUACUUGUGAACCAUUCAGCGUAGGAAUGUUGAGACAGACUUCUGAGCACUGAUGGUGUUGGAGAUGCAGGGAAAAACAUUCGAAUGCGUGAAAGUCUAUCUCUUCAAUCUUAAAGUUGUUUACAAUGACAAACUGGGUUAUGCAUUCAUCAUUGAUUUUCUUUGCCAUAACAUAUGCUUCACUUUGUGAAGUAAGAUUUCAACAUUUCUCUGUAAAAGAUUGUGCUGAUUUCAUACCAGUCUAAUAACUUCUUUGUGUACUGGGGUGGGGGGAGAAGGCAGAUAGUAUUUAGUUGCUUGAAAGCAUCAGCCUUUUGUUCCCAUCUUUGUCAAAUCUGAAAACAACUUAAAAAUUGCUGCUGAUUAAUGAUUUCCGUAGGCACAAAGUAGCUGGGAAUGAGGAUGCUUUGUAAAAGUCAAGCAUCAGAUAGUGCUAUACUUACUGUAUUUCAAAAAAUGCUUGCUAUGAUUUCGUUGCUGUGCUGAAAAUAAUCAGGAGGCAAUUAAUGGUUUCCUUUUCAGCUGUGCAUUGAUGCCCUGCGAGAGAAAUAUUUUGAUAUCGUGAGUCACUGGAGGCUAUGGAGAAAAACAUACUCCUUACGCCACAUGUUUUUUAUUAAGAGAAAGAAAAAAAUUAGUAUUUUAUGGGCAAUAUUUUACUGGCAAGUGACUUAGCUUUCUAGGCAUGUAAUAUUUGAGAAUGAAUCAGUCUUGGACAACAUUAAUUUAGUUAGCUUUUACAGCCAUUAGUCUAUAUGAAUGUGUGUAAUUUUUUUGCCCAUAUAGUUAUUUAGAAAACAUAAUUGCUUCUGGAAGAUAAACUUCUUUUAAUCUUCUACAUUUCAUUUCAUGUCAGACAAUCCAUUGUGAACAGUUGAAAAACUUCUGUAUGAUCAGUAGGGAACUUUCCAGUAGUGGGUGAUGUCAUUUCUCUCUAAUGUGUAGUCAUAGCUCCGUUAGUACCAAAAAGAAAAUGUUGAAGUCACUGCCAUAAAAUUCUGUGAAGAUAUUUCAGCUCCCUUGCUUAUAAAAAUGCUUUACGAAUAUAAACCAUAUUGAGAUAAGAUGGAGUUUGCCUCCUUUUUCUUUGCCUUAAACCUACAAGAGAGUACCCAAAGUUCAGAGCAGGUUUUUUUCCCACACUGACCAGACAGCUUUAGCAGCUCUUACAACCUUACAGCUCCUCUCCAGCACAGGUACGGUGAAUCUGCUCAGCUGCUGGAGUCAUUCCCUGUUUGUAGGUUGCUAACUGGGAAAGCUGGUGGUAAGGCUUUUAUCCCCAGACCUAGCCAGAGAGCUGACUUGCUUUUCUGUUUUGAAGCCUCUAUGCAGCAAACAUCUGCUUGUAUAACUGUUAGUGACCUUUGGGGAGAUUGUUUCUUUUAGGCUCUUUCCUUUCGUAAGUCAUGAAUGCAUCAUGAGCUGGGGCUUUGGGUUUUGCAUUUAAGUGGGUGAACUUUCUGAUGUGAAAAUGCUUCCCACUGUAUUUUUUCAGUGUCCAGUUUUCCUUAAAAAAAGGAUUUUUUUUUAAGUUCUGAGACUGUUCUUAUUUAAAGGCUACUGCUCUGCACUGAAAACAAGGUCGUUAAUCAGCAGGUGCCUUGCUUAGUGUUGCACUGUGACACUCAGAUUGGUUCAGUCUUCUCUGUGUGAGAACUGAAAUGAGUUGAGGAGUGUCCUCUGAAAUAAAGGACAAGCAGUCAUUCAGUCACCACUGCAGUUUGCUUGUACUGUAGUAAGGGCUAUAGUUAUUCUGUAAUUUGCCUACACCUGACACCUUGGCAAGAUUUAACUUGCACCAAAAAUUACUGCUUGCUUGUUGCUCUGAUAAGCAAUGGUAGGUUGCAGUGGUGACCCCUCACUUCUCAUAUGCGCUGGGAUGCAAUGUGUUUGGCUCACAGAUGUGAAAGGGGAAGAAGCACUGUGUUGCUGUCUCCUGGGAGCUGGGAGACAGGUGUAUAGUGUUUGCAAAAGGGAGCUUGAUAGUUUGGAUACUUAGUAUGAAUCUAUGUUAUGUCAGCAAAAAUGUUUAAUGUGGUCUAAGUAGUAUGAUUUUAUUUUUCUAGAACUGCCUAUAAUAGCAAUAAAACCACUAGUCUGGUUGUAACCAUAAUAUCCAAAAGCAUGCAUUUGUAAGUAAGGAGGGUGAACUAUGAGAGGCAGACUGAGGAAAUGUUGGAGCAAAUGAGCAAGAGAGAAAAAAAGAGACUUGUAGCACAGUACUAUGCUACAAGUGCAGUAUGAGUAGGCAGCGUAGGGGUUGUCGCUGAAUUUUUCAUAAUGAGAAGAUCAUUUAGCAAGAAGGCAUAGCAGAGAAAGGGCAUGGCUGAGCCUUCUUAAAUAUCCCUCCCAUCCUUGCAAGGGGAGAAUGAAGUGAUGAAAUAAAGCCUCAUCUCUGAAUAAACAUCAUUUCUUCUUGUAAGUAACAUGAAUGUAACUAUUUUAUAACCACUAUCAGUAGCAAGUAUAGCCAUGCCGAGCCACUUAAACGUCCAGAGAGAGGGACCAAUACAGGUAGUUCCUAGGUACAGAAAAAGUACAUCUUCAUAUGUUCAGGAAAAAGCUAGUGGGUUUAAAGCUGAUGCUGUUCAUUUAAUUUCAUUAUUUAUCUUUAUGUAAUUUCUUCUCAGCAUUUUUCAUUUAGAUCAUUGAGGAUUUCACUUUUGUACUUGCCUUUGCAGCACAUUGCUUAUAGCUGUUUCCAUGAAUAUUUUAAAUCCUGUAGUGACAAUAAUGUGCACAAAAAUUGCUUCCGGACUUCUUAAGGAGGAGAUGAGCAGAGCUGUGGAAAUUGGAGUUCUGCCAGAGAAGGGAAGAAUGAAUGGAUCCAACUAAAACUGCAAGGGGAAGCCGGAUAAAUGGAAUGUAAAUUUGCAUGGUAGAAUUAGGCAAAGAGCUAAAGUAAUACUGCUUGUGUUGCAACAAGUUAUGGAAGACUCCUUUUUUUUUUUUGUUAUUUUGGGAUCCAGUUGCAUAUUUUGUCCAAAGAUAUGUGCAUCCCACACACUUCUACCCUGUGGUACAAUGCUUUUUAAUACCUUACAGCGUGGCUGUUAUAGUACUGGCUCAGAACUAUGACUGCAGUUUUCUUAGUAAGCAGCAGUACAUGUGGGCCAAGAGAGCACAAAACAGUGAGACUAACCAAAAUGUGUUGGACUGGGUGUAAUAAAAACUAAAAAGAUGUAUGCCUGGUCAUAUACAUUAAAAGACCAUAAGGGAAACAUGAGAACACUAUAAUGGGACAGUGUGUAGAUCAAGUGGACUUGAGAUAUAGUCCAGCAUCUAAGAAAGUACUUUUGUCUAUUUUAUAUGAAGUCAGAGUAGGAUAAGACCAGAGAUGCCAGAAGUGCACAGUUGUAGGAGGCUUGUGCAAUCUCUGUUCCAGUGUACUGAGAGAACAGGUCUAUAUAAAUUGCAGUGCAGUACAGUCUUCCUGUGAAGUCUGACAUGUGGGGACUGUUUAAAAUUGGAGUUGAGGAGAGGGGGAGGAAAAAGAGUAGACUUGAACACUGGUGAAGCUCAACUAGGAAAUCCCAGUUGUUCAAAUGUCUUGAAACGGUUCUUCCAGGAAAAGUACUCCAGAAUACGUGCAUAGUUUUUCAUGUUCAUACCAGACUGGCAAUGCAGCUGAUGGACUGCAUAGAGCACUACAUGUUCUGAACUGCUGAGUGCACUGUUUAAUAUCACUCCACUGACUCUGGUCCACAAGAUGAUUGUACACCAAGAACUGAACAUUCUCCCCUUCAGAGCCGCCAGAACGUGCAGUUUCUUGACUCUAUUCAUUUAAUCCUUGCAACAAGGUCAAUGACAAAAGAAUCCCAGAUGGAAGAACACGAAGUUGAGCAAAAUGCAGGAUCAGUGAUCUGUGUUGGAACUAGAGCAGAAGGGCUUUAGUGCUGUUACUAAUGCUGGAGACGUACUACCUCCAUUUAAGCACGACACUUGAAAUGGCCUUUAAAAACUUGUUUAAAGAAGGAAUGCUAACAGUUCAUCUUCGAUAAAUAAAGACCUGGCUAAAAAGUGGCAGCAGGCUCUUCUGAAAGUGGGAUUCUGGUCUGUGUGCUUCAUCAUGAUGAUGGGGACACCAACUUGCAUUCUUUGUUAGCUCUGACAAGGAGACUGAGUUGUGUGCAUCUCUGCUUAUGGACAUCAUGUUGGCUGACAUAGCGAAAAUGUUUAACUAUGCAUUCUCCAGUUAAGAUCAGAAUGUUUGCUGUCUCAUACAACCUCAGUGGUACUGCCAGUUGCAUAGGAACGUUAACAACUAAUACAAUUCUGGAAGGCACGAGCAGCAGUACCUGUAGCUGGCUGUGUGUUUAAAAGUAAACACGUCUGGUUUAACAGAACAGCUGCCAAAUGGGGCUCGUAAGAUGACUGUAUUCUUGAAAUAAACAUUUAAAAUGUGGUGGUUUAGCUUGAUGAAUACAGGGAAGAAGUAUAAAUUAAUAAACAGUGGGGGGCUUAAGCCUUUCUUCUCAGAGACUACUCAGUGGUCCUGCACAAAUUCAAAUUUGCCGUUUUAAAGGUGUCAGGAGUUGAAUGCGGUUUUACAGCCCACUCCUGCUACUGCCGGGAGCAAACCGCCACCGCCAGGAGGUGAGGGGCUCUGACUGCCCCCGCGCGCCGUUCUAGCGCAGCUGUGUGCCAUUAACGUCUAACGCGCCCUCACCCUAACGCUCGUAACGGCUGUGGCUGAGCGCGAGGACGAGCGGGCGCGUCCGCGCCGCGCCCCCUCCGAGCAGCCGCCACCCCUUAAAGCAGCCGUGACCGUGCCCCGCUACGUUUCCCGGCCCUGGGGCGGGCCCUGCCCGGGAGUUCCGGCUCGGCAUGAGGGCGUCACUUCCCCGGGGAGGGGCGGGUGCUGGGGACGGCGGGGAGCGGCGCGCCCCCGAGAGGCUGGCGCGCGGCUGUGGUCCUUCAUCAACCGUCCGUCCCGGAGGCGGGAACGGAGUGGAGAGAUCAAAUUUCCUGUGCAUUGAGUCUCUUACACCAGCGCACCUACAUUGUUCAAAAUGGAUGUGUUCGGCCAAGUGUUUGAGCAGAGAGCUGUGUCACCAAACUGCCCCUGAGCAGGAAGCAGAGGGGCUUUCCGACAGAGAAAAAGGACUUAUAGACAGACUUUACAAUGGGCUUGUCCAGGGUCACAGAGCCUGUUUAGCUGAAGCUAUUACACUUAUAGAAUCAACUCAGACUAGGAAAAAGAAAGUAGCCCAAGUGCUCCUUCAGAAGGUAUUAUCCUACCACAGGGAACAAGAGAAGUUAAAUCAAGGAAAGCCGCUUGCCUUUAGAGUGGGGUUAUCUGGUCCUCCUGGUGCUGGGAAAUCAACUUUCAUUGAAUGCUUUGGGAAAAUGCUUACAGAAAGAGGACACAAAGUGUCAGUUUUGGCUGUAGACCCUUCCUCCAGUACAAGUGGUGGUUCUUUGUUGGGUGAUAAAACACGGAUGACUGAGUUGUCAAGAGACAUGAAUGCAUACAUCAGACCAUCUCCAACCAGAGGAACAUUAGGAGGUGUAACAAGGACUACAAAUGAAGCCAUUCUGCUGUGUGAAGGAGGAGGCUAUAAUGUUGUUCUUGUGGAAACAGUAGGUGUGGGACAGUCAGAAUUUGCUGUGGCUGAUAUGGUUGAUAUGUUUAUAUUAGUGCUGCCACCCGCGGGUGGUGAUGAAUUACAGGGUAUCAAACGGGGUAUAAUUGAGAUGGCAGAUCUAGUUGCUAUAAAUAAAGCUGAUGGUGAUUUAAUUGUGCCUGCACGGAGAAUACAAGCUGAAUAUGUUAGUGCUCUGAAGCUGCUUCGCAAGCGUUCGAAGGUUUGGAGACCAAAGGUAAUGCGUAUCUCUGCCAAAACUGGAGAAGGUAUCUCAGAUAUGUGGGAUAAAAUGACAGAAUUUCGUGACCUCAUGCUUACAAGUGGUGAGCUGAUUGCUAAACGACGGAAACAGCAGAAAGUGUGGAUGUGGAAUCUAAUCCAAGAAAAUAUGUUGGAACAUUUCCGGAGUCACUUGGCAGUCAAGGAUAAGAUUCCACUUCUAGAAGAAAAAGUUCUUAGUGGUGUCUUGUCUCCUGGGCUGGCAGCCGACCUGCUGCUGAAAGCAUUCAAGGAUGGUCUCUAAUCACUACAUUCUACUGUGUUCUUGCUAAUUUCUUCAUGUAAACGUAAUAUUAAAUGUAGUUUUUCUGUGCGUGAA